AUGUGGCUGGGCACCGCCGUCGUGGCGCUGCUGGUGCUGCCGGCGCUGGGCAAGGAGGUGCGGGAGGAGUUGCCGCAGGCGCAGGACCCGGACCUCGUCAACUACGACGACUACAACCCCCUCGACGAGGAUCUGAAUGCGAUCAUUUCUGACAGUGACUUCCGAGGGCCAAGUGCGACAUCCAGGGCACUACCAACUAUACCGACCAGAGCUCCACCCCGACGAUGCAUCGACAUCGGUCAGUCGUGGUCGGACGGGGAGACGUGGAAGCGAGACAACUGCACGCUCUGUCAGUGCUACGCCGGACGAGUCAACUGCUCCGUGAUACCCGCUUGUCUCACAGGUAGAGCUACGUCUCCGGGAUACCACAGCGCGUCGUCCGGGAUCACCCCUGUGAGAGGAGUAUCUGGCCCGCAGGGAGAGAACGGUCCUCCAGGACCACCGGGGAUGCCCGGGGCCAGCGGGGUGCCCGGGGCGCCGGGCAUGCCCGGAAAUAUUGGUCCUAUGCCUGAUGUGAACGCGUAUUUGGCUCAACUGGCUGCGAGUGCUGGAGGCGACAAGGGUCCGCCCUUCGACCCCUACCAGUACAUGCAAGCGUCCGUCGGCAGCCCUGGCAUUAGAGGAAUACCUGGACCACAAGGACCACCUGGUCCUCAGGGUUUCCAGGGACCACGCGGCGAGCCUGGAGAACCUGGUCUCCCUGGACCUUUAGGCCCACCCGGCGAAAGAGGACCACAAGGACCCCCUGGAAAAGAUGGUUCUCCGGGAGAAGACGGUGAGCCGGGCCCAGCAGGAGCAGCAGGGCAGCCGGGGCCCAGGGGAACCCCCGGGGUGCCCGGGAUACAGGGGCUGAAGGGCCAUCGAGGGUUCGACGGCAAAGACGGUGCCAAGGGCGAACAGGGCGUCGCCGGCGAGAAGGGCCCUACCGGGUUACCUGGACAGAUGGGGCCACCCGGUCCUAUUGGCCCUACUGGUCCUCGUGGUGAAAGAGGACGAGAAGGACCACCAGGGUCACCGGGAAUGCGUGGAGCUGAUGGAGCACCAGGAGCACCUGGACUUGUCGGUAACGUCGGAAAGCCAGGUUCUCCCGGAUUUCCGGGCGCACCGGGUAUAAAAGGCGAACAAGGUAUAGCAGGUCCCAAAGGCAGUCAAGGAAUGCAGGGUCCCCGAGGCGAGCCAGGCCGUCCAGGACAAUCCGGUGAAGCUGGUGCGCCAGGGUUGGCGGGACGUGAUGGUAUACCCGGAGAGAAGGGCGUGCAAGGUCAGCCGGGAGUGGCAGGCACCCCCGGCUUUCCCGGACCACGCGGAACACCCGGAGUUGCUGGUGAUCCUGGUAUACCAGGAACAAAGGGAAUGCCGGGACAACCAGGCGAAAGAGGACUGAAAGGAGAAUCUGGUGUAAGAGGUGAACAGGGUAUACCUGGGCCGAGAGGUUUGCCUGGAAACAUGGGUCCAGAGGGCAAACGAGGCAAAAGAGGGUUGAGAGGCCCUGCUGGUAACGUAGGCCCCCAAGGAGAGAGGGGAUUACAGGGUAUGCGGGGCUUACCGGGAGCCGAUGGGCCUAUGGGUGCAAAAGGACAGCCCGGCGAACGGGGAAGUGUUGGGUUACCUGGAGCCAAGGGAAGUACCGGAGACGUUGGCAGAGCCGGUCCUCAAGGAAUUCCAGGGCCCCGGGGAAUGAUAGGUAGACCAGGUAUCGCGGGCAAAUCUGGGCCUCCCGGUGAGAGGGGCAUACCUGGAGCUGAUGGAAGGCCUGGUGAACAAGGCCCGCAAGGAUUACAGGGACCACCUGGUCUAAUGGGUCCGGUUGGCGAGAGAGGACUACAAGGUGAAUCUGGCAAAGAUGGAGAAAUCGGACAGCCCGGACCUACAGGUCCUAAAGGAGACCCAGGUAGAGAUGGUAGCCCGGGAAUACAAGGACCACAGGGGCCUAUCGGUGCCGCUGGAGAAAGAGGACCUGUAGGACCAACUGGACCAACAGGAUUUCCGGGCAUGCCAGGUGCUGCAGGAUUACCGGGUACCCCAGGAAAGGAGGGAGAACCAGGUGUUACUGGACCAGUCGGUCCUCCAGGACAAGCCGGACCCAGGGGUGAAAGAGGGUUUCCCGGGGACAGAGGAGUGCCCGGACAGCCAGGUACUCCAGGAGAAAAGGGUGAAGCAGGAGCUCAAGGUGCUGAUGGUCCACCCGGUCCCGAAGGCGCAAGGGGCGCCAAAGGCCAUCCUGGUCAGAUCGGUGCUAUGGGUAUGCCUGGUCUACGUGGUAUGCCCGGCGUUGCUGGAGAAAAAGGAGAACGCGGAUCAAUGGGAUUACAAGGCCCUGAGGGACCUCCAGGUCGACAAGGGGAGCAAGGACCACAAGGACCAAUUGGUCCGACUGGUCCUCCAGGGGAGCCAGCGGAGCGAGGUGAACCGGGCGCCCCAGGGACACCCGGAGAACCAGGUGCUCCUGGCUCGACUGGGGAGCGCGGUCAUCCCGGAUUACAAGGCUCGCCUGGCCUCCCGGGUCAGCCAGGCCUGACUGGAAUGCCUGGACUGAAGGGCGACAGAGGCUACGCUGGAGCAAAGGGACAGCAAGGAUCAACUGGACAUCCAGGCAUUCCUGGGGAGCCUGGAUUGCGGGGAUUGCCAGGAGCUAAUGGAGCUAAGGGUGCGAGAGGCGAACAGGGACUGAAGGGCGACGCAGGUCACCCUGGACUACCGGGACGACCGGGUGAAUUAGGACCACCUGGUCAACAAGGAAGCCCAGGUGCUGCUGGUAUACCAGGGAUACCAGGUGCUAAGGGAGCAACAGGGGACUCGGGACGGCCUGGCGCACCGGGACCACAAGGGUUAACUGGCCCUCCUGGUCCUGAGGGAGCUAAGGGCGAGAGAGGAAGUGAGGGUGAAUUAGGACCACAAGGACCGCCCGGGCCGGCCGGACCAACUGGAGAACGAGGACCGAGUGGCUUGCCCGGUAUGGUUGGCCCGCCAGGACCACAGGGUCUGCGUGGUAUACAGGGCGAAACUGGUGUACCAGGUAAACCCGGUGUCGAUGGUCCACCAGGGCCCAUGGGAAGCGCAGGAGUGCAAGGACCACCAGGACCUAUGGGUGAGCCGGGCCCUGAGGGAAGACCAGGGAAGUUGGGGCAGCCUGGUAUUCCUGGACGACCCGGGGACAAAGGACCUACUGGCCAACCUGGACAGUCUGGUCCACCGGGAGCGCCUGGCUUACAGGGUCCAUCUGGUCCCUCGGGACCACCAGGCCCGGCUGGAGAAAGGGGGCCAAGAGGUGAGAGUGGUCCACCUGGGGUCGACGGUCCUCAAGGACCAACGGGCAAACAAGGGCCACCUGGCCUCGACGGGUCUAAAGGAGAACGAGGGGAGGCCGGGGCAAAUGGGGCUAAGGGUCACGCCGGGCUGCCGGGACUACCGGGGAUGGUGGGGGCGCCGGGUCGCCAGGGAGAAAGAGGUUUACCUGGAGCUAUGGGACCUCCGGGGAAAGACGGCGACGCGGGACCGCGGGGACCAGCCGGCCGGGACGGCAGCGCAGGUCCGCCAGGCCCCGUCGGACCGGUGGGCGGUCGCGGCCCGCCAGGAGAGCCGGGCCGACACGGACCCCCCGGAUCCGCCGGUCCGCCCGGACCACCCGGCCCACCAGGAGACUCGCUUCAGUACGAUGCCGCUGCUAUUGCUGCUAUGCUACAACAAGGUUCAAUAAAAGGUCCGGACCCACUAGGCGACGAUCCAAACGCGAUUCCGCCGAGGUUCUUCAAGGACGAUAUGUCGCCAGAGGAGAGGAAGAAGAUCGUGUUGAAGGCGUACGAGCGACUGAAGGUCUCCCUGGACAAGUUCCUGAAGCCCGACGGCAGUAAGGAGGCCCCGGCGAAGACGUGUGGCGAUAUCAAGUACCACCAUCCUGACUUCCCCAGUGGUCAGUACUGGAUCGACCCGAACGGCGGCGACUUCAGCGACGCGAUCCUGGUGCACUGCGACAUGGCGGCCGGCGCCAGCUGCGUGUACCCCGCGCCCACCACGUCCGCCGACAUCACCCGCAUCGGCAGCGGCGAGGCCUGGCUCAGCGAGCUGGACGACGGCUUCACGAUCUCAUACAAAGCCGAGCACAGCCAGCUGACUUACCUCCAGCUUCUCUCGGUGUCAGCGGUACAGAACGUGACGUUACACUGUCGCAAUACCGUGGGCUACUAUGACCCGGCAGCACGCAACUACAAGCGAGGGCUGAAACUGCUGGCCUUCAAUGACGCCGAGAUCCUGCCCAAAGCGAACAACCGGCUACGAUACAAGGCGUUACUGGAUGAGUGCCAGUACAAGAAGUCGGAGUGGGCGCGGACGGUGGUGGAGUACGAGACGGACCGGCCGACGCGGCUGCCGCUACUGGACGUGGCGGUGCGCGACACCGGCAGACCGGGACAGACCUUCCGCGUGGAGCUGGGCCUGGCCUGCUUCACAUAG